UCAGUACGAAAUCAAAGCAUGGCUUCCGUACCAUCGUCCCAAGAUAUGUUAAUUUCUUCUUUCCUUGAUAUCGCCGUCGAUCAAACCGUCGAUACUGCCCGGGAAUUUCUUCAAGCAACAAAUUGGAGUCUGGAGGAAGCAAUUCAACGUUUUUUCUCCGGAAACAACAAUGGAGGAGCAGAAGCAGCAGCAGAAUCGUUCAAUUAUUCGCCAUUAAUCGAAGAAAAUCCAACACUCUGGGAAUCGGACGAUGUACGUCUGCCAUUACCGGUAAGACGGGAAGUUCUUUACGGUGAAAAUUCAGGACUAUACGAAGAUGAGAGAGAACAAAUCUCGUCUUCUACUUUUGACUCAUAUGACAAUAAUACCCUUUCUGUUCUGUUUCGUCCUCCUUAUGAAUUGUUAUACAAUGGACCAUUUGAUCACGCGAAAGAAGCUGGCGCAAAGCGGAACAGAUGGCUUUUAGUGAAUGUGCAAUCCAGGAGUGAAUUCGCCUCAGACACGCUUAAUCGAGAUACCUGGGCUAAUGAUAUCGUUGCUCAGAUGAUCGAAAACAACUUCGUGUUUUGGCAAGAGGGAGACCAUACAGAGGAAGGGCGAAAAGUUUGUACUUACUAUAAAUUAGAUUCCAGGCCUGUGAUAUUAGUGAUUGAUCCUAUAACAGGUCAAAAUAUGCGUUCCUGGAACGGAAUGGUUCAGCCUGAGACGUUGCUUGAAGAUGCUAUGACUUUUAUUGAUCGUACUCCUUCAGAGUAUCAUUCAGAUCUACUCAGAAAACAAUUUGACAGAUUAACUCAUCUCGAUAGAAUUGAAGAAGAACCUAAUCGGAGUUUGAUUGACAAAAAUUUGGUCUGUAGAAUCGCGAUUCGUCUUCCUGAUGGACGUAGAAUUCAGAGGAAUUUCAUGAAAACUGAUCCGAUUAAGUUGUUAUGGUCUUUUUGUUCAACUCAAUUUGAAGAAGCAAAAACAAAGGCAUUUCGAUUCAGACAAGCAAUGCCAGGGCCAACUAAGUUUUGGGCAAGUAAUUUUUGGACUUGUGAUAGUAACUUAACUUUUGAGGAGUCGGGUUUAGACAAUUCUGUUAUUGCACUAGUAAUGAUAUAG